AUGGUGACAUGGCCAGUCUUUGCAGAGCAGUUUUCCAAUGAGAAAUUGGUGACAGAUGUUUUGAGAAUUGGAGUUUCUGUUGGGAAUAAGCAAUGGAAGAGAACGGGAAGUGAAGGCAUUGAAAGGGAAGCCAUAGACACGGCAAUUCGACGCAUUAUGGAAGGAGAAGAAGGUGGAGAAAUGAGAAGACGAGCACAAGAAUAUAAAGAGAAGGCAAGAAAGGCUGUUGAAGAAGAUGGAUCUUCUUACACUGACUUGAGUGCUUUGUUUGAAGAAUUGAGUGCGAUCAAGGUUGGCCAGUGA